GCAGAGAGUUUCUGAUUCUUCAUUCUCUCCCUCUCUUUUGCUCUUCUUGUGGAGCUUCUUUAAUGACGGAAAUCGCUAUUACUUGAUCGGCAUUUAAGCCAGGAUCUUGGCUGUUGCGUCUGCUUAGGGAUUCGAUUGAUCAUUCUCUGAUCUUUAACGGUUUGAAGGCGGAACCAAGAUGUUGGAUGGAUUGCUCGGUCGAGGUUUCACCUCCAAAUGUAAAUCUUUGAUUAAGCUACUAAAAGAUCGAAUCGAUAUGAUCCGGAGAAAGCGGAAUGCAAUGCAGAAGUUUCUGAAGAAAGAUAUUGCGGAUUUACUUGCGAACGACCUCGGCGUUAAUGCUUAUGGCAGGGCUGAAGGACUUCUUGUUGAGAUGAACCUUUCGUCCUGUUAUGAUUUAGUGGAGCAAUCUUGUGAUUGUAUUUUGAAGCAGAUCUCAGUCAUGCAAAAGCAAAGGGAAUGUCCUGAGGAGUGCAGGGAAGCUGUGCCAUCUCUAAUUUUUGCUGCUGCAAGAUUUGCUGAUUUGCCAGAACUACGUGAUCUCAGGCAAUUAUUUGCUGAAAAAUAUGGGAAUUCCUUGGAGUCUUUUCUCAAUCGAGAGUUUGCUGACAAGAUGGCAGCAAAGCAUCAUACAAGGGAAAAGAAACUUCAGCUGAUGCAAGACAUUUCAAAAGAACUCUCUAUAAAGUGGGACUCCAAGGCUUUUGAAGAGAAGUUGUCUAACACCCCUGCAUCUAAGCAGGGAAUGACUAAAGAUAAGCACAAGCCGCAUGGCAACAGGGAUGAUGGUCUGUUGAGAAGAGAUCACCAGGAUUUUUCAUCUUGUCAAAGACAGGAAGUCAGUGAUGCUGGGUAUAAACCGAAAAGAGACAAUCUAGAUGGUUUGUUUCAUGGAAGAUUGGAGCAUAUAAAUGAUGUACGCGGACAAUGUAAUGCUGGGGAGGAUACUGUCCUUGAAAAUUACAAUGAAAACAUUUCUUCUCAUGCCAGAGUGGAAGUUACUCCCAGGUCUACAAGAAGACAGCAGGUGAAGACUAGUGUUAUUGAUGUUCCUGUUGCUGAUAGUAACCGGAAUGGUCCAAAGAAUCAUUCACACUUGACAAACAAAGUUACCGAGGAAAAGACAGAAAGUCUGAAGCCAUUCUGCAACAAUAUUGUUCCUCCUCCUUAUGUCAAACCAAGAGGCAGCAAGUAUGGAACCAAUUCAGAGACUCAGGGGACCAGUUCUGAUAAUAAUGAAGGCUCUAGUGAUCCUCCAUACAGCAACAGAGAUGUUAUGAGAAACAGGUCAGAUAGAACCAAGAAAAGAUUAGACCAUAUUGAUAAUGGGUCUCACAUGGUUGGACCUGCAAGGGUGAAUGGUCAUGGAGAUGAGACAGAUUGUAAUCAGGAUGAUCUGGUUGGAGAUGCAAAGUCAAGGCCAAGAUCAGUUAGGAGACACUUGAAACCACCACGAGGUAAUGACAACAUUGGCAAUUCUCAGCAGGAGGAAAGGAGAAAUCUGUACACUAGAAAAGAAGAUGCAAGGCGAGGCCCUCAAACCCUCUUUGAUGAUGACUAUGAUUCAAUGGAUGAAGAGGAUAAGAGGAUGGAUGAACUACUGUUAUACUACAGUAAGAAGAAGCCAUCAACCAAUGAACCUAGCAAUAAGAGGAGGGGAUUGAAAGCUCCUACAAAUGACACUGCAGCUGAUACUGGCCGAUCCCCAGGUCACAGAAGCAGAGAUAAGGCACAGAUAAACACAGGGUUGAGUAAUCCUCUAGCUCGAGCAGCUUCACUCCCACCAGAACCAACAACCCCAACUGAGGAACCAACUGGCCCUGCUCGUGCCAAUUCCUUUCAGCCCGAUGGACAAGCCGGGCAUGUCCAUCCUAAGCUGCCAGACUAUGAAAAUUUGGCAGCCCGGAUUGCAGCCUUUAGGACAAGGUAA